AUGCCGGAGCACAAACAACGGCGUCCUUGCUUCGUGGACUGCAUUGUCAUGACCCGAGAAAUCCCACAAACCAUCACCCAAAAGCCUUGCUUCCAGAAGCUUGGCUCUCUUCUCCUCGCCCUUCUUCCUUCGUCGUCGCAUCUCGUCUCUUUCGGCGGAAAUCUCCACGGUAGCUCUAUCUGGUCGCUCUUCUGCACUUCCAAAGUCAUCAUCAGCGUCAGGAACACCGCGCCGUCGCUUCGCUCGCCCGGUCGCGGAAUCGCGCACCACCCACCACCGUUCAGGACACGUCUUGCUGCACUCAUCGCCAUCGUGGAAGCACCCACUCUCAGCGGGUCGCGUGAUGCGUCCCACGAGUUUGAGGAAUUCGAUGGAUCGGAGAUGGAGAUGGUGGUAAUCGCGCCGAUAUGGGAAUGGACAUGGCCGAAAACGGUGUGCGCAUGGCGAUUGCGAGCGGGCGACGAGCCGGAACGGGGGGGGAGAUGGGUCUCGCGCAUUCGAAUCGAACAACCCAAUCUCGCCCUCUAUCCUUACGUCGAUUUUCUUGAUCUCUUCGCCAAAAUGUCGUUCCAGAACUUCGAUUCCUUCCCGAACCAGGCUGAUGGUGGUGCUGCCGCCGCCGGUGCUCCGGCCUCUGCCGACACCACCAUGACCGGUCAGACUGACCCCGCUGCCGCUGGCUUCCAGGGUCCUGCUCCUGGUGAGCCGGCCGCUGGCUCCGUGCCCCAGCAGGGUGCCGAUGGCAAGACCACUCUCUGGAUGGGUGAGCUCGAGCCCUGGAUUGAUGAGAACUUCAUCCGCAACCUGUGGUUCCAGAUGGGUGAGCAGGUCAACGUCAAGAUGAUCCGUGACAAGUUCUCUGGGAGCAAUGCUGGCUACUGCUUCGUGGACUUUGCCUCUGCGGCGGCCGCCGCCAAGGCCCUUUCUCUGAACGGCACCCCCAUGCCCAACACCAACCGGGUCUUCAAGCUGAACUGGGCGACUGGCGGCGGUCUUGCCGACCGCAGCCGCGAUGACCGUGGCCCCGAGUACUCCAUCUUUGUUGGUGAUCUCGGCCCGGAGGUUAACGAAUACGUCCUCGUUUCGCUCUUCCAGAGCCGCUUCCCGUCCUGCAAGUCCGCCAAGAUCAUGACCGACCCCAUCAGCGGCAUGUCCCGUGGCUAUGGAUUCGUCCGCUUCUCCGACGAGAACGACCAGCAGCGCGCCCUCACCGAAAUGCAGGGUGUCUACUGCGGCAACCGCCCCAUGCGCAUCUCCACCGCGACCCCGAAGAACAAGGGCCCGGCUCUUGGCGGUGGCCAAGGUGGCAUGGGUGGUAUGCCCGGCCCCGCUGGCAUGUACCCUCCCAUGGGCGGUCCCCCGAUGGGCUUCUACGGCGCUCCCCAGCCCAUGAACCAGUUCACCGAUCCCAACAACACCACGGUCUUUGUCGGUGGUCUCUCUGGCUAUGUUACCGAGGAUGAGCUUCGCUCGUUCUUCCAGGGCUUCGGCGAGAUCACCUACGUCAAGAUCCCCCCGGCAAGGGCUGCGGGCUACCCCAUCGGCAACUCGCGCGUUCGUCUGAGCUGGGGUCGUUCGCAGAACAACUCCGGCCCGGCCGGCAGCCCCUACCGCCCUGCUCCCCCGCCGCCCCCGAUGUACCCCUCCAUGGGCAUGCCCCCGGCUCACCAGUACGGCGGUUUCGCUCCGAUGAAGGUUAGCAGUCACCCAGGCAGCCCGGCACCGGAUCGCACCUGA